GUCGGGUAUUCGUUUCUCUGCUUUUCUCUCUCUUCUAAAGAAGGCAAGAGAGACAGAGAGAGCUCCGGACAUGGACCGUGAGGAGCGCCGGAACGCAAAUGCAUCCGCACACACACUCGUGAGGCACAGAGUCGCCCGCGGCCUCAAGAUUCUCCCGCAAGGUUUUCUACGUCUCCAGCUGUCUGCAACCGGUUGGAAGAGAGCGAGGAUAUUCCGGCCGCUCCCAGACGUUGACGUUCUCGCUUUCCGUCCAUCUUGGAGCUCGUUUCUUCUGUCUCUCCGCCGCCGCCUUCGAAGCAGGACCUCCACGCCGGAACAUGUCUUGAUCAUGUCUGCGGUUCUCCGUAUGCAGGUGCCUGUCCAUGCAUGUGAUUAUUUUUUCCUUGUGGAGAUCUCCGCCUGCGCAUGUCGUCUCGACACUUGACUCUCUGCCUUUGGGAAGGUUAUGCUGGGACUCAGAGCUGCGCAGAAGAAAGGACCUCUCGUACCUCCGUAGGAGGUCAUACUCCUGCGUCCUCUCCCUCUCUCUUCUUCGCACUUGUGUUCUUCUGCUUGCUCACCCUCUCGCUCUCUCUUUUGGUCUUGUUGUGCUCUCUCUCCUUCGUGCAGUCUGCCCUCUCUUCAUCUCUCCUGUUCCCUUCGUUGUUUUCCUUUCCGCGGCCAAACCUUUUGUGAAAGAUGGCGUCUUUCUCGGGGGGCGCGGGCGUUCGCGAGCGACCUGGCGCCUCGGCACCGCGCGCCUCGAGUUUGGCGGGACCGUCCGUGAGUGCCUCGUCGCCGUCCCUCCCCUGCAGCUCCGGACGGCCGAGUUGGACUGGCUCGACGGGAGACCGCGGCCGCCAUUCCUCGCAGCAGGCGCUCUCCGUCAGUCCUUCUCUCCUUCCGUCUUCUUCCUGGGAGGCGCUGCUGGAGCGCCGCCAGCAGGAGCAGCUGCAGGCGGCGCACGAUAGGGAGCUGAUCAUUGCGCAGGAGGCCGUCAAGACCGAGGUCGACAGACGCCUCCAGGAGAUGAGGGAGGAAGGACGCAUCGAAAAGGAAGAAGUCUUGAGUGACGGCGAAGAAGAAUGGCUCUGCACCCAGUUCACUGGAUUCGAACGCACCCUUCUCCGGCAAACUGUCCGCUCCUACCCCACUGCCCCUGCCUCACUCUCUUCUCUCUCUUCUUCCCUUUCUUCUUCUGCUAUUCAAAGUUGCCAGAGUCCGUCGCCGAGAAGGCGGAGAGGCGAGAGCGACCGGAGUGGAGAGGCGCACACCCUCUCAAGCAAGACGGCUCCAAACACCAGAUUCUCUCCCGCGACUCGGGCGUCGACAAAGUCGUCUUCGUCAGGGAGUGCGCCCCGCGCAGGACUUCAAGAGGCUUCCGCGAACGGCGCGGUCUGGAGUCUCCUCCUGCCCUUCUCGCACUGGCUAGGUGUCUCUUGGGCUCCAGCGCCGAUGCCGCCGACCUCGGGGGGCUCAAGCUCGCUUCUCGUCCCCCAGGUGCACCGCAAGAAAGCGCAGCCUCGCCGGCCGCCUCCCCCCUCUUCUCCGCCCCCCUCUUCUCCAUCCCCCUCUUCUCUCGCUGUACCCUUUUCUGUCUGCUUCUCGGCUGCCGCGAAGCUCUUCGAGAGGCGCAGGCGCGUCCGGCAAAGAGAGAAGGCCUUUCUUCAGGAGCAAGAGAAGCGCGACGAAGAACUGCGCGCCAAAGUGUUCGACCGCACGAGGAAACGAAAAAGGACGUCGAGGAACGCCAGCGGCUCUUGCAGGCGAGGCUGCGACGCCGUUGCUCUCCCAGGCGAGGAAGAAAGCAGCUGCAGCGAGGACGAAGAAAUGGAAGGAGAGGCGUCGAGGAAGACCGACGCGAGAGACGAAAAAUCCCGCAGUGCCCUCGAGGAAGCUUCGGAUGGGGUGUCUGUACACCCAGACACCGCGACAGCGCAGAAGGCGGACUGCACGCGUUUGAUGUCUUUCGACUAUCUUUCCUGUCCGCUGAUGUCGUCGCUUUCUGACGAGAAGCUGCCGCGUUCGCUGCUUCGCUUUCUGCGUCGUCGUGGCGAAAAAGGCCAGAAGAAAGGAGACGAGAGCGAAGAAGCCGACAGAGAAGUCUGCCCGACGAGAGGCGGUGUAUGCACACCCCAUGGCUCUCGAACCUUUGCGCUCGAGGGCGGCGGCAAGAAAGUGGAGGAGACGCCCGAAGACUCGGAAGACGACACAGCUGCUGCGGUGCCGCUCUUGACGCGGCGCGUCCACCAGCGCAUGUCGCAACUUCCAUGUUCGAACGCGAAGGCGAAAAACAAUUUGCUACACUACCUGUUGGCGGCGCACAGCCUGGAAUGGAAGGCGGCGCUUCUGUCAGGCUACUCGGUUCUUGUUGAAGGUUUCGGCAGCAAGAAGCUGCUUCUCGACCGCUUUGCUCACCAGGCCUUGAGAGACGGCGUUUGCUGCGUUGUCGAGGGAUACCGCCGGGAGGUGCGCCUGCAGCACUGUCUCUCGGAUCUUCUUGUCUUUCUUACAAAUUCUUCAUCCAAGGCGCUCGCCUCCCCUCACACCCGCCAGGCCUCUGCGGCCGCGAGUCAGGGGGGCGUAGCUCUUGUCUCGCCAGCGGCUGCUGCCAGCAAGGGAGAGGGCGAAGCCGCGAGCAAAAGAUCAAGUCCCUUUCUGUCUCUAGAGAAACUCGUAAAGGAAGUGAAAGCACUCGCGAAACAACUGUCUGUUCCCCUCUACUUCGUCGUACACAACAUCGACGCACCUCCGCUCCGAGGCGAGGCCUGUCGAGCCUUCGCCUCGCUGGCUGCCUGCAGCAACAUCUACUUGAUUGGAAGCGCCGAUCACCACAUGCACGGUCUACUGUUCGACGGAGCCGAGUUGAGGAGCCUCAGUUGUCUCUACUAUCGAUGCCACACCUACAUGGACUACAGGGAAGAAGUCCUAGGGCACUGGGGAUCGACGGGUCUCUUCAUGCCUCUCUGGCUGCGGAACUGUGCGGGAGCCGGAGGCUUCGCGUCGAGCGAUGGAGGCGCAGGCGGCGUAUGGGGGAGUGGCGUAAACUUUGCCGCGGUUGUCGCUGCUCUUACGACCAACCACAAACGUCUCCUCAAAUGCGUUGCGGAGCGGCAGUUGGAGCAGCUGAAGCGCGGGGAAGGACGCGCUGUGUCCCUCGAGGCUCUCAGUGACCCUCUUUUUGCGAUGGCUGGAAACCUCGACAGAACGAAAAUUCUGCAACUUCUCGUCGAACUCACCAGUCACGGCGCUGCCGUCAAGACAGCCGUUGGCGGCCAAGAAGCUCUCUCGAUCCGAGCCACUCCGGCUCAACUCGAGCAGCUCCUCGCCAUUCUCGAGCAGUACGGCAUCUGAAGGAACCAAAUUGUGGCAGUCAUCUGUCUGUCAUCAAGCACAGCAUUGUAUGCUUAUCUCUUUUUACACAGAGAUGUGCAUCUCGCCUUCAACUUUACUCACUUCCCUUCUCCCCGAUAUCUGGUGUCACCCUCGUUUGCCCAGUUUCCAGCUUUGCGUGAAUAGGCGUCUCCAGUCUUCACGAGUUUGAGGCAUGCGGGCGUAUGCUCAUUACCGAUUGCCUUUGUAAGUGCACAAAGAUGUAGGCCUUUCUUUGGUACGGGUGUUCGGUUAACCCCGUGGACGUAUUUACGGGUGAGUGAGAUUGCAUGAGAGUCAUUUUCUGUCGUGGACAUUCUUGUACGAAAG